AUGGAACCUCUCACGUUCAAAGGUCGGGGUUGGUUCCGUCACAUGAUGCGAAUUUACGCUUCUUACGAGGAUGAGCAUCUUCGGGCUUAUUGGGAUUCCACCCACGCCUUUCCGAGCCGGCGCCCGGUAGAAGUCGUUCCUUCCACAGGUGUUGCUCUGCUUUCUCCGGGGUACUGCGGCCUCGACUUGUUGCUGGAUCCCUUCUUCCUGCAUUUCCCUCGACCUGGCGAGGCAGGUGCCUGGUAUCCUGGGGUCGAGGACGGAGUUGGUCCUGCAGAUCUACUGGAGGCGUAG